ACAGUGUACCAUGACCAAUGUAAGAUAUCUCUUCGACGACGAUAUGUCGGAACAGGAGCCUCUAAUAAGGCAGUCUCAGCCUACUGCAGGACCCACAGAACAAUCCCUUGGGAACCUCACAGAUGUAGAUAAAGUGGCCGUCGUUGGGCUGGAGGGAUCUCAUCGGAGUUAUACACUAUCAACAGAGUCUAGAUUAGCUACUGAGCAUGCUACCACUGAUAUGCAGACGCUGAUGCAUCUUCUAAAAGGGAACAUAGGAACAGGUUUACUUGGUCUUCCAUAUGCCGUUAGUAAAGCAGGGUUAGUGCUUGGAUCUGUUGGUUUAGCCUUCAUGGGAGUUAUAGCUCUAACAUGCAUGAACAUUAUGGUCCAAACAUGCCAUGAUCUAUGUGAAAGAACAAAUCGAGUAACUUUAGAUUAUGGAGAGGUUGCUGAGCAGUCCCUUAAACAUGGUCCCAUCGCUUGGUUACGAGAAAGAUGUCGUAUUGGAAACUAUGUUGUGAAUGGGUUUUUAAUCUUCACUCAGCUGGGUUUCUGCUGUGUCUAUUUCCUCUUCAUGGCAGACAACAUCAGACAGAUUUAUUGUACUUAUUAUGGAGCGAGUGUUCCAUCCUUGCAAAUCUUUCUGUUGAUGUUACUGCCUUUGGUUCUCAUCUACUGCUACAUCAGGAACCUGGAUGAUUUAGCUCCCUUCUCUACUCUUGCUAAUGUUCUUACCAUUGUGGGAAUACUCAUUAUUUAUGAGUACCUGGUGAGUCAUAUACCAGCUGCCAUUAAUCCUGACACACGACCGCUGGUUGGCAAUCUUAAUGGGUUCUUCAUUUUCUUCGGCACUGCCAUAUAUUCCUAUGAAGGAAUAGGAGUUGUAUUACCAUUGGAGAAUAAGAUGAAGAAUCCACAGAAUUUCACCCGAGUGCUUCUUGGUGGGAUGUUGAUCGUUGUUAUACUCUAUAUCUCCAUGGGCACUCUGGGAUACCUUUGCUUUGGAGACAAAGUGGAAGAUACAAUCACAUUAAAUAUUCCGAUUACAGGUAUUUACCUGGCAGUGAGAAUCAUUCUUGUGGCAGCCAUCUUUGUUUCCUAUGGUAUACAGUUUUAUGUUCCCAUGACGAUACUGUGGCCAUUCAUCAUGGAGAGGACUUCAGAACGAUAUCACUUCUUUGGAGAGAUGCUCUUCAGAACUUUACUGGUGAUAUUAACGAUGGUCCUGGCUAUGGUAGUCCCUCAUCUAGCCCUCUUCAUUGCAUUUAUUGGUGCCUUCAGUUCCUCCGCCCUGGCUCUCAUCUUCCCACCGCUUCUUCAAGAGUUUGCGUACUACGAUAAAGGUUACUCUCAUUACGGCAAAAUCCUACGGCUGCUCAGAAACACCUUCUUCAUUAUCUUUGGAUUUGUUGGGUUUAUAUUUGGUACAUAUGUAGCUUUCACAGCCAUUAUUGAGAGCAUGGGAUCUCCUCCUACAGAUAACUGCUCAAAACCGUAAUACUAAAACCGAGGGAUGUUAAUUUCUUACAACCUCGGACAAGAAGGUGGACAUCUUUAGGUGCGUUCAUUUAGCUUCCCUGGGUCAACCCCGGUGUGCCCCCGCUACAUUCAAAUAGCUUUGACAGUAUUCC